AUGAUUUCGCGAUGGCUACUGCUUAUAGGCCUCCUGGCACUGGCCCUCUUUUCUCAACCCUGUGCCACAGAGAAGGCCGAGCCACAAAUCAACUCGACUCCAUUCGACCAUGAACCGUUUUUCAUGUCUUAUUUCGAGGAUUCUGACACAAUUCUCAUGCUUACGACUCAGCGCAAUCUCUUCCGUUCAUUCGAUGGAGGCAAGGGCUGGGAACGGGUUGAUGACAUGGAUGGCAAGAUGAAGCAGCAUGUGGUUUCUGUCUUGCAGCAUCCUUCUGACAAAGAUAAAGCGUAUGCCUUGGGCUCUAAGGGACGGCACUGGAUCACAACCGAUCGGGCUAAGACGUGGAAUGCUUUUACGAUUCACCAAUCUCCAGCCAUUCAACAUGAACCUCUUGUGUUCCACGGUUGGGACUCUGGGAAAGUUAUUUUUCAGACCGAUGAGUGCAUUGGAACGUUCUGUAUCGUCAAAUCAUACUAUACCACGGACGAUUUCAAGACUGUCUCGCCUCUCCGAGUCAGUGCUGGUGGAUGUGCGUGGGCCGUUGGUCAUCCACAAUUCGCCGAGGGCCUUAAUCUCGAAGAUCAGAUUCGGAAUCGAGUUCUCUGUGUGGUCUCGGGAUUGAAAGUACCUGCACCGUAUGCGAACCGUCUGGUAUACUCGGAUGAUUUCUUUAGUAACGAGGCCGAUGGCGCAGAAAUGAACUUGCACCAAGGGCGGCCUGUUUCCGGAGUCCAGACAACUGCUGCAGUAAAGAAGUUCUUAGUGGCCGCGGUUAAAUCCCAAGGAACUGAUGAGAUGGCCCUAUAUGUGACUCUUGACACCAAAGUCUGGCACCGAGCCGAUUUUGGUGGUCAUCGGGUAGAACAAGAUGCAUAUACUGUGCUGGAAAGCACAAAUUAUAGCAUGCAGGUUGAUGUUCUGACUGAUCAAUCAAGCAUGACUGGUGUACUAUUCACAUCCAAUUCUAACGGUACUUAUUUCACGCGUAACGUUGAACACACGAACCGUGACCGGUUUGGGCAUGUGGAUUUUGAGAAGAUAGCAGAUAUCCAGGGUAUUGUGUUGGUCAAUACAGUGAGCAAUUGGAAGAAACUCGAGUCGGAUCACCGGAAGAAAAUCGUGAGCGAGGUUAGUUUCGAUGAUGGGAGGACUUUUCAACCCCUUACGGUCGGUGACAAGCACUUGCAUCUCCAUUCAGUCACUACCUAUGCCAACACUGGUCGUGUUUUCUCCAGUCCGGCGCCAGGCGUGGUGAUGGGUGUUGGAAACAAAGGUGAUCAUCUGAAGGAAUACUCGGAAUGUGACCUUUAUGUCUCAGAUGAUGCUGGUGUGACUUGGCGUCAUGCUCUUGACGGUCCCUUCAAGUAUGAGUUUGGCGACCAGGGCGCCAUCAUAAUGGCGGUCAGCGAUAAAGGGAAGAUUGGGGAGAUCAAGUAUUCAACUGAUCAUGGCAAGGAAUGGCAUACUGCUAAGCUUCAGCACGAAAUCUUUCCUAAAAUGCUCACGACGACGCCUGAUUCGACGAGCAUGAAAUUUGUCCUUGUUGGUUCAAAGGAGAGUACAGGAGACGGGUUUUUCGUCUAUUCAAUCGACUUUGGUAGUCUCCAUGGAAGGAAGUGCGAAAAGGAUGACUUUGAAAAAUGGCCUGCUAGAUUGAACGAAGAUGGCGAACCUGAUUGCUUGAUGGGCCACAAGCAGUUUUUCAACCGCAGAAAAGCUAACGCGGAUUGCUUUAUGGACGAGGAAUUCAAAGACCCACAGCCAAUCUUCGAGCCUUGCAAGUGUACAGCCGAAGAUUAUGAGUGCGACUAUAAUUUCGUGCGCAGUGAGGAUGGCAAGAGUUGUCUACCUGCAGCUCCACUGGUGCCUCCAGCUGGCAAGUGUCGUGAAAAGACUGACAAAUUUUAUGGACCUUCAGGUUGGAGACUUAUUCCAGGUAACAAUUGUAUACGAGAGGGCGGCGAAAACCUGGAUAAAGACAUCGAGCGAACCUGCGAGGAUACAAACGGGUCACCCGAGACACAUAUGUCCCACAAGCAGGUUUUCGAUAACUCCAAACAAUUCAGCGGACAGUACUUCUAUCUUGAGCGUCAAGCAAGUAGCAGCGGAAACGACGAGACCGUCUUAAUGCUUACCCGCGAGCGAGAAUUUUGGGUUUCGCACGAUCAUGGAAAAAAGUGGGAACAGCCUCUGAAAGGAGUUCAAAUAGUCGCGAUCAUCCCCCAUCCUUACUACAGUGACGGUGCAUUCCUCCUCACUGGAGGCCAGGAGGCUUUUUGGACUGUCGACCGGGCCUAUACUUUCAAAAGCUUUAAAGUUCCCAUUCCUCCUACUCGAGACGACAUGCCAGUCUUCUCAUUUCACCCUCAAUAUAAGGACUGGCUUAUCUGGACUGGAGCAGUUGAUUGCGGACAUGGUGAUUGCCAUUCAGAUGCUUAUAUCACCAAGAAUCGAGGGAAGGAUUGGGACCUACUCCUCCGCUAUGUUGGAAAGUGUGAAUUUGAAAGCCGGAAGAAUAGACCGGACAGUGAAAAUCUUAUAUUCUGUGAACAAUACGCGAAUGAGAACAAAAACAACCACAAACAACUGCUGUCUAGCGAUAGCUUUUUCGCCGACAGCCAUGUUCAUUUUGACAAUGAAGCCAGGUACGCUACAAUGUCGGAAUAUAUAAUUGUAGCAUCGCACGACCCAAACAACGCCAACUCCCUCAUUGCAAGUGUCAGCGUCGAUGGCAAAACAUUCGCGGAAGCCAAAUUUCCCCCGAAUGUCGAUGUACCUGUCAAAACGGCCUUUACUGUUCUGGACAGCUCGACCCAUGCUGUCUUUCUGCACCUAACGAUGGGUGUGUUGAAGGGCGCCGAGUAUGGCUCGAUAAUCAAGAGCAACAGCAAUGGGACGUUAUAUACUGUCAGUCUCAAUGCAGCGAGCAGGGACGACCGAGGCUUUGUUGAUUAUGAGAAGAUGCAAGGCUUGGAAGGUGUAGCAGUCGCCAACGUCAUCAGCAAUGUGGACACUGUCUUGAAGAAGGGUGCAGCAGCGAAAAAGGUGAAAACGAAGAUUACUCAUAACGACGGCGGCCAGUGGAUGCUACUCCCUCCUCCCGCAAAGGAUGCUGAGGGUAAGGACUUCGGCUGCUCAAAUAAAGACGGAAAGGCUAGUGAUAAGUGCUCGCUCCAUCUUCAUGGCUACACAGAGCGCUGGGAUUCACGUGACACCUUCUCGUCUGGUUCUGCAAUCGGCCUCAUGAUGGGCGUCGGUAAUGUUGGCGACCAUCUUACUAGUAAGGAAGAAGCGGACACGUUUAUGACCCGAGAUGGCGGUAUUACCUGGAAGCCCAUCAAGAAAGGGCGAUACAUUUGGGAAUAUGGUGAUUCUGGAUCAGUGAUCGUAAUUGUACCUGAAUCCCGGCCCACCAAGAUCCUUCACUAUAGCCUAGACGAAGGUGAUAGUUGGGAAAACUUCAAAUUCUCCGACGUGGAUAUGCUAAUUCAUAGGCUUUCGACACUUCCGUCCGAUACCUCCAAGAAUUUCCUGCUUUGGGGAAAGGAACAGGAUUCUAACCAACUCGCUACGGUCAAUGUUGACUUCAGUAGUCUGCGGGAAGCAUCCUGCAAACUGGUUGAGGAUGGACAGGACAGCGAUGACUAUUAUCUUUGGGAGCCUAAGCAUCCACUCCAGGAAGAUAAUUGCCUAUUUGGCCAUAUAGAGCAGUAUCAUCGCAAGAAAUUGGCCGCGAAUUGCUGGAACAAUUGGCGCGAGCCCCAUGUCCACAGCAUUGGGAAAAAUUGCACUUGCACAAGGGCUGACUACGAAUGUGAUUAUAACUAUGAGCCUCAAAGUGACGGUAGCUGUGCACUCGUUCCCGGUCUCCCAAAACCGGAUGCGUCGAUCGUAUGCAAGGAGGAUCCCGAUAAAAUUGAAUAUCCAGAGCUGCUACUUGGAUAUCGGCGUAUUCCUCAAACGACAUGCAUGGGAGGAUGGGAGCCUCCUGUCGUAUUCAAACCCUGUCCUGGCAAAGAGAAGGAGUACAAAAAGAAGCAUAGCAUCAGUGGUAUUGGCCUGUUCUUCGCAAUAGUGACCCCCAUCGCUAUGGCUUCUGCAGCCGGAUAUUACGUUUAUACUAGGUGGGAUGGCAAAUUCGGCCAGAUUCGCCUUGGAGAAGACAUUGGCGGGCGCGAGGCCAUUCUCUCCCGAGACUCUCCACUGGUCGCUGUGCCCAUUGCAAUUAUUGCAGGCGUUGUAGCGGUGUUGAAAGCAUUGCCACUUCUUGCGAUAAGUCUCUGGCGCAGCUCUAGCAGCUUCAUUCGCACAAGGCGUGAUAGAGCCUACUCGAGACCCUAUGCGUCACGGGGAUCGUUUGCUGCCCGUAGGGGUGACUACACCAGUGUUGUUGAUGAUGAGGAUGAGCUUCUAGGAGUUGAAGAUGGUGAAGCAGAGGGCGAGGAGGAGGAGCUAUAG